AACAUGCCGAUUCGAGACCAAUGUCAAGCCCAAAUUCGGCGCGUCAGUAGCAUCUGAACUCUGAAUAACCAAAUUCACUUCUUCAUAUCAGAGUCGACCACAUACGAAUUCGCAAAUCUUUGACAAAGCAUCACGAAACAGCGAAAUGGAGAAGGUGAAGGAGUUUCUGCAAAUUGAGCAAGACGAUUCAGAGAUUGUGUCGCGACUAGCCGUACACCCUCACCGUGUCGGCAUCGAAACCAGCUUCUACGAAGACUUUGCCUUGAGAGGCAUCCAAGUCGACAGAGUCGAGCCCGGGUUAGUCUCUUGCACCUUCAAGGUCCCUCCUCGCCUUACCGAUAUGAGUGGAAAGUUGGCUACAGGCGCGAUUGCGAAUCUUGUGGAUGAAGUCGGAGGCGCCGUGGUUUAUGUUGAGGGUCUUCCGAUGAAUGUUUCAGUGGACAUGUCAAUUUCAUUCAUUUCCACUGCGAAGGUCCAUGACGAGCUAGAGAUUACUUCAAGGGUUUUAGGAAGAAAAGGAGGUUACUCUGGAACGAUUGUUCUUGUGAAAAACAAAGUAACUGGGGAGUUAAUUGCUGAAGGUCGUCAUUCGUUGUUUGGUAAACAUGAUAGUAAAAUGUGAUAUAACUCACUGCCUUUGUUUUCAGCAAGUGGUGUAUGCUGCGUAGUUACUUUUUUGGAAUUAGAUAUUAAGGGAGGAACUAAGGUUCAGUACAAUUCGUGUUUGUUUAUUUCCUUGCCAAGAAAAUCUUUUAAGGUUUAAUCUGAUAAUUGGAAGUUCUAGGCGUUGAAAGCUUUACUCCAUGUAACUUCUUGUGAUUACUAUAUUUGAAGUAAAUACAGUUUGAUGCAAUUUGGUUGUUGGUGAAUU